AUGAGUGUUGUGCCGGGAGUGAGGGGGACCGGCGUCGAGGAGACGAGGGAGUCUUCUUUUUUGCAGGAGCUCGGUGAAGGGCCGAGGUGUACCGCGGCAGCGCCGGCCCGACUCCGAGGAGACCCGUGGCGGUACUUGGUGGGAAUAACCUUCUGCCUUCUAUCCAUAUCGAAUGCCAUGCAGUGGAUUACAUUCGGCGCCAUUGUGGAUGAGGUUCGCCUGUACUUCAACAUGGGUUCUGUGCAGGUGAACCAUCUUGCCACCACGUACGUCAUUGCGUACGUAUCUAUUGUGUUCUUAAGCUGCAAACUCUACGAGUUAACGGGGCUGAAGGUUGGAAUUGUGAUUG